CGUUUACAAAACAAUGCAUUGAGUGGCAACACCAUGACUUAUAUCGCGCUUCGCUGAAUAAAGACCUCAUUUGCUGAAUUCCUGCCUGUCUGAUGCGUUUUGCACAUAAUUUUUUCGUUUUGCAAACGUUUUUUGUGCAAGUUAUGGAAAUAAAUGAAAUUUGGUGAAAAUUAUUUAUUAUAAAUUGUAAGCUAGUGAGCAAAGUACGCGUGCUUAUCAAAAUGGACGAAGAUUAUCAACCACAACCUUCGGCGGCGAAGAAAAUCGGUAAGCAACACAAUACUUUGCCGCUAUGGGGAAAUGAAGCAACCAUGAACUUAAAUCCACUUAUACUUGCUAACAUACAGGGCUCUAGCUAUUUCAAAGUGCAUUUGUUUAAACUUAAAACUUAUCACGAAGUUGUAGAUGAGAUUUAUUACCAAGUAAAGCAUAUGGAACCGUGGGAGCGAGGAUCACGCAAAACAUCUGGCCAAACUGGCAUGUGUGGCGGAGUACGUGGAGUUGGCGCUGGGGGCAUAGUUUCAACGGCAUACUGUUUGCUAUAUAAACUGUACACACUAAGGCUGACCAGAAAGCAGGUUAACGGACUCCUUAACCACACAGAUUCACCCUAUAUAAGGGCACUAGGAUUCAUGUACCUUAGAUAUACUCAGCCGCCAGCUGAUUUAUAUGACUGGUAUGAGGACUAUUUGCAGGAUGAGGAAGAGAUAGACGUUAAAGCUGGCGGUGGGCAGGUGAUAACUGUCGGACAAAUGGUGUAUCAAUUUCUGACAAAACUCGACUGGUUUUCAACUCUCUUUCCGCGUAUACCAGUUCCAAUACAGAAGCAAAUAGAAAAGAAAUUGGAGGAGUAUUGUCGUAACAAUAAUGUUACUACCCAGCAGCUUGGUUCAGCUCGAAAUACAGCAUCAAAUAACAUGGGUGCAAAUUAUGAUUACGAUGAUGCAAGUUAUGAUCGUCGGGGUGCUGGCGCGGGUAGUAGCCGCAGUCGUCUACCACCAGCCAAUAGUGGGAGUUAUCGUGAUGAGCACGACGAUCGUGAACACUAUUCCAAUAGUCUUCAACAAAGACGACGUGAAGAUUCACCUUCGAGCACGUAUCACAGCAGUAGAGAUCGUGAUCAUCAUCGUGAAAAGCAUAAAAGAAAGCACAAGCAUAGACAUCAUUCCAGAAGUCGAAGUCGUAGUAAAAGUCGCAGUGAGCGAAGGAAGGAAGUCCAGUAUGAUAAGGACCGUGAACGUGACCGAAAUAGAACUAGGGAUAGAGACUAUGAACGUCAUGGUCGGGAUUAUGACGAUCGUCGUUAUCGAUGAAAACUAGAAAAACAAAAGUAGAGCAAUAACGCAGACAUAUGCACAAAAAAUUUCACGCCGUACAGUAAUAAAUGAAGAUAUUGAGAAUAUUUUCCACCUUUCUAUAAUCCACAAAUCAUUGCUUAUAACAUUUCCCAUUUACAAGCCAUUGUUAAACUCAGGAUGUCUGUUGUUUUAUGUUUUCAUUUAAAUGUAUACACAAAAUAGUUAUACAGGUUUAUAUGUUACAGUAGUUACUGAAAAUGUUUUUGCCUAAUGCUAAAGAUAAUUGAAUAAAAACAAAACAGCUUCAUGAUAGCCCAUGAAGAAUCAUUAUA